AUGUUGUCUUCGGUUGAGAUUUCGUCGGAAGCAUUAUAUCGAGUCGACAGUAGUCUCGUUUGUGUUGUUAUUGUUUUUCAUCUUUCUGUUUUUGCCUUUUCCCUUUGUUCGUCAUUAUCUUCUUUGUUUGACAUUUUAUUUUUUAUUUUUCAUCGCCUCACUUAUUUUCUUCACCCUUUUUUUAAUCUUAUUCCUUUCUCUUUUUUCUUUAUCUUGUCUUCUAUUUUAUUUCUUUCUUUAUCUAAUUCCUUUCCUUUCACUUUUCUUCUUUUCUUUUUUCUUUCUUUCUUUCUUCUUUAUCUUAUUCUGUUCGCUUCCCUUCCUUUUUCUUUUUUUUUCCUUUUUUUUCUUCAUCUUAACUCUUUAUAUUCUUUUCUGUUUUCUUUUUUUUCUUCUAUAUCUUUAUCUUCUUCGUAUUUCAAGUUCUUUUUUCUUCAUCGUCUCUCCUUUAUUUUAUUCUGUUCGCUUCCCUUCUUUUUUUCUUUUUCUUAUCUUCUUUUUUCAUUUUUCUUCUUUAUCGUCUGUCUUUUUGAUUCUCCUUCUUUAUCCUAUUCCUUUCUCUUCUUUUACUCCUUUUUUCUUAUUCAUCUUAUUCCCUUUACGUCUUUUCCUUUUUCUUCUCUUCUUCUUUUUCUAAUGCAUUUCUUUUCUGCUCUUUUUAUUUCUUUUUUUUCUUUUACGUUUUCUUCUUUUUUCCUCUCUUUAUUAGACUUUGUUUCUUUUUCUAUUGUCUUCAUUUUUCCCCUCUUUAUUUGUCUUUGUUUCUUUAUCGAUUCUCUUCUAUUUCCCUUUACGUUUUCUUCAUUUUUUUCCUUUCUUUAUUCGUCUUCGGAUGUUUUUUUUUCUUGUGUCUUCUUUUUUCCUUUACGCUUUCUUCCUUUUCAUCUUUAUUCUUCCUUCUUUGUUCUUGUUUUUCCUUUUUAUUCUUUUACUUUUGCCUUUUUUUUUCUUCUCGCUAAGCUUUUCCUUCUCUUUGUUCUAUUUAUUCUUAUCUCUCUUCAUAUUUACAGUGUUCUUAUUCUAUUGUAUCGUCCAUCGCAUUCUGUUGACAUCUUGUCCUCCUUUUUCCCUUUAUUAAUCUUUCUUUUCUUCAUUACAUUUCGUUCCUUCUCUCUCUCUCUCUCUCUCUCUCUCUCUCUCUCUCUCUAUCUAUCUAUCUAUCUAUCUAUCUAUCUCUACCGCGGACUUCCCGCUUUUUCGGCUUCGCACAUUAGCAAACAAGUUGGCCUAACGCCAACCAGGUCGUCUGCUUUUUGUGUUCAUAUCCUCUCUACCUACAUAUCUAUCUAUCUAUUACAGUGGGUUCAUAUAGUAUCCUAUCUAUCUAUCUAUCUAUCUAUCUAUCUAUCUAUCUAUCCGCAUCACUGUCUAUCACUCACAUAUCAUAACUCCCUAACUGAUAUUCUAUCUAUCUAUCUAUCUAUCUAUCUAUCUAUCUAUCUAUCUAUCUAUCUAUCUAUCUAUCCGUAUAACUUAUCUUCAUAUCCUCUCUACCUAUAUAUCUAUCUAUCUAUUACAGUGGGUUCAUAUAGUAUCCUAUCUAUCUAUCUAUCUAUCUAUCUAUCUAUCUAUCUAUCUAUCCUCUUUUAUGAUAUCUAUCUAUCUAAUUAUCUAUCUAUCUAUCUAUCUAUCUAUCUAUCUAUCUAUCUAUCUAUCUAUCUCUUCUUCUCACGUGAUAUCAAUUCCUUAUUCUUUUUCUUUCAUUACCCUUUUUUUCUCACUAGUCUUAUUAUCCUCUUUCAUUCCCGCCAAUCCUGGGUUAUUUUUUUGUUAGGAUUUCAUCUAUUUCGCAAAUACUAUACAAUUGAUUCGACUGCGUUGCCUCAAUUUAGUCGUUAUCUUCUUCUUCUUUUUCUUCUUCUUCUUCUCUACCUCAUCCUCCUCCUCUUUCUUCUUCUUCCUUUUCUUCUUGUCCUCCUCCUCCACUUUCUUCUUCUUCUCCACCCCCUCCUCCUCUUCCUUCUUCUUCAUCUUCUUCUUCUCCACCUAAUCCUCCUCCUCUUUCUUCUUCUUCCUUUUCUUCUUGUCCUCCUCCUCCUCUUUCUUCUUCUUCUCCACUUCCUCCUUCUUUUUCGUCUUCUCUCCUCCUCCUUCUUCUUCUUCACCUCCUCCUCCUCUUUCUUCUUCUUCCUUUUCUUCUUGUCCUCCUCCUCCUUUUUCUCCAUCUCCGCCUCCUUUUUCUUAUUCUCCUCCUACUUCUUCUUCUUCUUCUUCUUCUUCUUCUUCUUCUUCUUCUUCCUCUCCUCCUUCUUCCUCUUAUUCUUCUUCUUCUUCCUCUCCUCCUUCUUCCUCUUAUUCUUCUUCUUCUCCUCCUCCACCUCCGCCUCCUCCUUUUCUUCUUCUUCUUCUUCUUCUUCUUCUUCUUGUCCUCCUCCUCUUCCACCUCCGCCUCCCCCUUUUUUCUUCCUCUUCUUCUUCUCAACCUCCUCUUCCUUCCUCUUCUUUUUCUUCUUCUUCUUCUUCGUAUCGUGGCCCUUCAGUACGUAG